UGGCAAACCCGCCAACGAUCUCCACUCCUGCACCUUCUCAGCAGUACAUCACAAGAUCAUGGGUUUAACAGAAAAAGUAGAGCGCUUAAACCUGGCCGUCCGAGAGAAGCCGUUUGAAAGCUCGGCCAGCAGCCACUGGACAGCGCAACCACGAAGCGGCCUCCUCAUGCUGCCUCUCGAGAUCCGGAAACUUGUGUUUGACCACCUGAUUGGCGGGCCUGGUAUAUGCAUCUCCGAGAACGGGAGAUGCGCGAAAGGCGUGGAAGUGCCGACCCGAUAUAGAACGUUAGGCGGUCGACCACUCAUCACGUGCGACCACCGCAGCGAAAACCAAGGGAAUCCUAUCAACGCGCUAUAUCUUAUGCUGGUCUGUCGUCAAUUCUACGCCGAAGUAACCGACAUGCUCUACGCAACCUCACGCUUCAUCUUCCACGACGCCAUCGCCUUCCUCCGCUUCUCAACCCGCCUCUCCCCACCAGUCCUGCACAAACUCCGCUCCAUCACCCUCGAAGCCGGCUCCAGCGACAGCUCCUUCUUCGAGCGCCCGCUGCGCUACUGGUCCGACGUCGAAGCUGGCCACGAGGACGCACACCGUCUACCGUCGCUUGCAGCAGAGUACUUCAACGAACCGUACUACCCCUCCCUCCUCUCCCGCUGCCUGCGCGAGCCAGAGUACCACUACGACGUGCGCGAUCCGCAGGUGCCGAGUACGUGGGGCGCGGUGUGCCAAGAUCUGGGGAAAAUGGCGGGGCUGCGGGUGCUGAAUGUGGUUGUAGCGCUGGAGUCGAUGCUGGUGUGCCACAAGAACAGUGUGUUCGAUGAGGCGAGGGGCAUGAGCAUUGAUCAGGGACAGGCGGAGGGGUUCAUUUUUGCGCCGCUGGUCGAGGUGAAGAGGGCUUUGGGGGGCGAGGCGGAGGUGGAGUUGGUGGUGGACUGGGCCACGCUUGAUGGGGAAUCGGUGUUUGAGAGCUUGGCUGCUGAGGUGGGAAUCAAUUUUGCAAGGGCGAGGAUUGAAAGCUGGAAGAAGGGCAUGGUUCUGGGUGCAAACUACUAGGUAGAAGUUGAGGGAUUGCUUUACAUCCUGG